GUCUCUAAGUGGAAAUGAUUGGUCCUAAAAAAUCUUUCCUCAGUAGCUCAUAAAGCAGUUCAUAAUUAUCGAAGGCUUAUUAUGAAGGGUGUCUCGGUAUCUUCCCUCCAAAAUGCUAAGAAAUAAUUUAGGCAACAGUUCAGACUCUAAAAAUGAAGAUGGCUCGGUCUUUUCACAGACUGAACACAAUAUUGUUGCAACUUACUUGAUUAUGGCAGGUAUGAUAAGUAUUAUCAGCAACAUAAUAGUUCUGGGCAUCUUCAUUAAGUACAAGGAACUUCGGACACCCACAAAUGCAAUUAUUAUUAACCUGGCUGUUACUGAUAUAGGGGUCAGUAGCAUUGGCUAUCCCAUGUCUGCUGCCUCAGAUCUGUAUGGAAGUUGGAAAUUUGGAUACGCAGGCUGUCAGGUUUAUGCUGGAUUGAAUAUUUUUUUUGGAAUGGCAAGCAUUGGAUUACUCACGGUUGUGGCUGUGGACCGAUACCUGACCAUCUGCCUUCCUGACGUAGGGAGAAGAAUGACCACUAACACUUACAUCGGCUUGAUUCUGGGAGCCUGGAUCAAUGGCCUGUUUUGGGCUUUGAUGCCUAUCAUAGGGUGGGCUAGUUAUGCCCCAGAUCCUACUGGUGCUACGUGUACCAUAAACUGGAGGAAAAAUGAUAGAUCUUUUGUGUCUUACACCAUGACAGUUAUUGCGAUAAAUUUUAUUGUGCCCUUGACAGUGAUGUUUUACUGCUAUUACCAUGUCACGCUAUCCAUUAAAUAUCACACUACCAGUGACUGCACUGAGUCCCUCAACAGAGACUGGUCAGAUCAGAUAGAUGUAACAAAGAUGUCUGUGAUCAUGAUCUGCAUGUUUCUGGUGGCAUGGUCCCCUUAUUCCAUCGUGUGCUUAUGGGCUUCUUUUGGUGAUCCAAAGAAGAUUCCUCCCCCCAUGGCCAUCAUAGCUCCACUGUUUGCAAAAUCUUCUACAUUCUAUAACCCCUGCAUUUAUGUGGUUGCUAAUAAAAAGUUUCGGAGGGCAAUGCUUGCGAUGUUCAAAUGUCAGACUCACCAAACAAUGCCUGUGACAAGUAUUUUACCCAUGGAUGUAUCUCAAAACCCAUUGACUUCUGGAAGAGUCUGAAAUAAGAGAAAAGGACACACUAUCAAAACACUUUAGUAUUUUGACAAUGCUUUUCUUUUAAAUAUGACCCCAUUUAGAUCAAGUGCAGACAUGGAUCAUUGUCCUAUGAGACUGUAAGCUCCUCAAGCGCAGCUCAUUUUUCUGUUUGUGCAUUCUGGCUGCUGUAGUGCAUGCUUCUCUGUGUCCUGAUAUGUCAACUUAUUGCUCAUCUCCUUUGAUGAAUUAGGCAUCGGAGGUUAAGGUCCCCUUUCUUUCUCCCUAUUAUGGCAUGCGUUACACUGUACUAAUGACCUUUAACUUGCCUGGCUCCUCUAUUAGAAUAGAAGCAGUCACUAAUUUAAUGUUAGAAUAAAUGAAUAAAAACAAUAAUAAUGAAUAAUUCUAGAUAAUUACUGAAAUGAGUUGUUGGAUGUUCCCAGUUAGAAUAGAAAGCAUUUUUUGCAUUUCAACAUUUUAACAUUUAAAUCAAUUAACUUACGUUAUUAAACAAAAAUAAUCAAAUGAACAUUAAACAUGAUUGUUUCUAAAUAAAAUGUUAAGUCAAUGCAUAUAUAUUAUAUAGGAUUAUAACCCCUGUGCAUAUUUUGAUGUUUUCUGCAAUUUUGAUUACCAUUUUUCUGCAUAUAUAUUCCAUAUAUUUGCCAACAGAGUUAACUUCAAUCAGAGUGGAGAUUUUUAUAUGUUUGUUCUUUGAUGUAUCCUUAGCACAUAUACCCAAUUCUGUCUGGCAUGUAGUAGGCACUCAAUAAAUAUUUUUUCAAUGUCAAA